AACCUGGAAGCACAAGCAAACGUUGCAUUUUGUCAAAUAUUUUGUACUUGACAGUGGAAUGGUAUACCCAGAUAUACUCAUGAAGUCUUUCAUGCAUUGCUGGACUUCCCAUGAUUGCAAUAUUUCCUGCCACAAAGAGAUUCUCUUCACCAGCAGUGUUCAUUUGCUGAAAAUUAGAAGUACAGAUAUGAUCAGUCAGUCAAGCAGGUCAACUGAAAGUGAGUUAGUCUAGAAAUCAGAGAAGUCACGCAGGCCAGGCUUCAGAUCUAGUGGAUCAUCACUAUAUCUUAUAAUGCCACUGCCAUAUCCAGCGAGAUCCCCUUCUUCAGGCAAGAUGUUGUAACAAAAAAGAGUCCAAGACAUCAUAAAGAUUUGAGGAAGUCACCCGUAUAUUGUUUUUCCUCUGCUGCAAAACUCAAAAUAAGUAGCACGAUGUGCAUAGAACAGAGUCCCCAGCUAAAUGGAUUAGUGCCUGGGAGAAAGUUGCUGUUUCUGUCAAAGCCUUGAUGGUUAGUUAACCAUCAUCUUUCAUGAUAAUCAUCCCCUUGAUAUAGACACCAGACCCUACAGUAAGUGCCACCACAAUACCUUGAUCCAGGAGCAGAUUGUAUUAACUCUGAUACACAUCAACAAAAUGGAGUCAAACAUGACAAAGACCACAAUAUUAUCGAGCAACGUCAGUACAAAAUCCUUUGAUAGUGACAUUCUUCAAAUGAUUACCAGCCCAAUUAUGACUAUUGCCCUUCCAGUGAUUUAUUUGGCUGUUGUCAUUUUCAGUGUACCUCUUAAUAUAGUCUCACUCUGGAUACUUCUUUUUCAUACCAAAAAGAAGAGCCCCACCAUAAUAUUUACCAUCAAUCUUUCUUUAACUGACUUUUUGUACAGCUUGUCACUUCCCUUUCAAAUUGUGUAUCAUUUGAGUGGCAACAACUGGCCUUUUGGAGAUUAUGCAUGUAGGAUUUCUACUAUAGCUUUUUACGGGAAUAUGCAUUGUUCAAUUUUGACCACAUGUGCUAUUAGUUUGGAUCGCUACUGGGGAAUUGUAAAACCCCUAUACACAAGACACCGGAGAACAGUAAGAUCUGCAAUUAUUGCUUGUAUUUUUAUGUGGGCACUUGUGCUCCUGGUGAACUCAUUAACGAUGACCAAUCGCCUCACUGUAAAUGUUGAGCAACUGGGAAUCGUGACAUGCUUUGACAUUAUUCCAAAAACAAUGUUUUCCUCUCCAAUCUAUGGCUAUUUGUACUUUUUGGCACAUCUGCUGUUCUUCUUCAUCAUUCCUUUAAUCAUUUUUGUUAUAUGCUACUCUGUUAUUGUAAAAACGUUAAAGAAUUCACCAAACACUGAUAUACCAGACUCUAAAAGGCAAACUGUUAACCUCAUAGCAAUUAUUUUGCUUUGCUUUUCUGUCUGUUAUGUACCACACAUUAUUUUACAAAUAAUUCACAUGGUACUUAUGAGCCAAAAGAAGAGCAUAUAUGUAUAUUACAAACUAUCCCUUGGUCUUAACAGCUUGAUUUGCUGUUUUGAUCCUUUUAUAUAUUACUUUGCUUCGAAAGAUUUUAGGCACAAGCUUCAUAGUGAAAUCUGUGGUUGCUCUUUCAUGAGAUUUGAUGAGUCAAGUACAUCAAGAGUGUCUGAAAUGGCCCACCUCAAAGUUCAACAGUCUUGAUCAAAAUCCCCAAGACAGACUGAUGGUGGUCCAGCAGCUCCAUUGUGACAGCAAAUUGUCUCCACUGAAGGUGAUAUCUGAGAUAAGAUUGAACUAUGCAAUUAAGGCAGGAAAAAAUGGAGGUGAUUCAUCUUUUUACUUGUGUUUUAUAUUUCGCACUAUUGUACUUUGACUGUUGCAAAGCCAACAUCUCAGCAAAUGGACAAAUCAAGUGACAAUUAAAGUGAAAUCUCAUGCUGCAAAAAUUACAACAUUCUACAAGAGGCCUAUUGUUUGUUUAAAAACUGCUAUCUUUCAGGAAAAAAGCACUUGUGGUCAGCAAGUCCCUGCAUCCUAUAGAGAAUUCAGAGAUAUGGAAUAAAUCACUGUUCCUUGUUUCUAUA